UUUCAAAAGCAGUAUUAUGCCUGGAAAACGUGAAGGUACUUACUCUCUUCCAUUUGAUGCCAGCAUAACCAUCCCAGAAGGUUCUUUCGAGAAAAGGGACACUCUAAUAUGUCGAGUAGCCACUCCACAGACACGGUGGCAGAACUGUCCUUGCAACAUGGCCUCUAACGAACUCAUCAACAGUGAAAUCUACACACUUACCUCUUCUGUUCAUAUUCUGAAGACCAACUUGAUCUUCUGUAUACCAUUCCACCCCGUAAACUAUGAUUUUAAUGAAAUUAACGUGAAGGUCAAAUGGAGUGGUCACGUUGAAUGGGUUAAUGUUGGCCAUGUCGCAAAGGAAUCGGAUAAUAAGCCAUAUGUGGAACUAGAUAUCAAUAAACUGGGGACGUUCGUGGUCACAGCCAAGCCGAAGACCGAAACAUUCGCUGUGACGCCACAUGGAUGUCUCUACCAAGCGCGUCUGUCACGGCACAUUACCCUCAGGUUUCCAAAGAAAACAAUCGGUCAGGAUAUACAAUGCACGUUACAG